GGGUAGUAUGAGUGAGCGAGUGUAGGGAGUGCGCCAUCAACGCACAACAAACAAAGCACCCGGGCUAUAACAAAAACUAGAUCUGUUUAUUCAGAAAAAGAAAACAACACAUACGAAGUUACAUUCCUGUUCAUAUUGAACCUGUGAUAUAAUAUAUAAACACCAGUACAAUCGAAAUCAGCACGGGAUGUACAAAGCUGUGAAUUUAAACUUGGUGUUUUUUGGAGCCAGGAGUAACACGCCUUAGGGAACGGGGAAAGUAUAACGAACUAAACAGCCCACUUCAUUCGGUUAGCAGUCGGAGAAAGAAAAAUCAGUCGGCUGAGUGCUUUGAACUGAGGAGUUGAAGAAUGGAAACCAGAAUGCCUAAUCCAACAGCCUGUGUUCAGCGUCUAACAGGACUGCGAUGGAUGUGAUGCGAGAAUAUCUGGAAGUACUUGUACCGCUGCUAGUCUUUGGUUACUGACUGACUUGUUUUUCUGUACGUUUAUUAUAAUAGAUAUAAUAUAUAUUGAAAUCCACUGAAAGCUUCAAGAUGCCGAUCUUAAAGCAGCUGGUUUCGAACACCUCCCAGUCAAAGCGUCGUUCCCGGGCCGACCUGACUGCGGGGAUGAUCAGCGCUCCCCUGGGCGAUUUCCGCCACACCAUGCACGUGGGGCGAGGGGGGGAUGAGUUUGGGGACACCUCGUUCCUUAGCACCCGCUCCGGAGAGCCCCCGCGGCAAACAGAGGACCAGCUGCCAUCACCUCAGCAAACGCCCCACCCUCCCAGCUCCAAACCAGGGUUCUUGGCCCGUACGUUCAGACACAGCAAGAGAUCCUCAUCCGUGACGCGGGUAGACAAACGUGAGAACACUCUGGCACCAGCCAGCAGCUCCCCUGCCUUUGUGAAAGCCGCAGUGUCCCUCCCGCAUCUCAACAACGACGGGGAGGCAGGGCAAGGGGGUGGCAGCCUCAGCCGUGUUCGCAAAAGCCUCUCCUCCAGCCCUCUCAAGAAGCUGCCGUCCUAUGAGAAGCCUGCCAACGGUGCGGCAGCCUCCAAGCCGUGCGAGCAGGAGAUCCAAGAUGAGCGAGACUUCGGGGAGCUCACAGAUCUGCCCCCUGCGUCGCUCCCCCGAGCGGGAGGAGGGAUGAAGCACGCCGAAUCCAUCAUGUCCUUCCACAUCGACCUGGGCCCAUCCAUGCUGGGCGAUAUCCUGAGCGUCAUGGAUAAUAAGGCCUGGGACGAGGACGAUCUAGGGUUCGAGGAAGGGAAGAGCAGUGAGGGGAGGGGGUCGCCAGCUCCCGCCACCCUGGAGCAGCUCCCAGCAAAACCUGUCUUGCUUUCAGACAGCGAGAACCACACUGCCCCCUUCAGUCCAGAGGCUAGGCUGCGGCUCCCUCGCCAGCAUCUGGACCACUGCUCUGUGUCCAGCUCUGGGUUUGCAGCUCUGGAGGAAAAGCCUCCCAUUGGGGAGUUCCAAGCGCGGGGGGAGACGGACAGUGCCAAGUUCAGCUCCCCACAAGGGGAGGAAGGCAAGGAUUUAUCAUUCGUGGAUGAGGAUGACGACGAAAUAACAGUAUAAACAAACCAAAAAAAAUGUAGUUUUAUUAAAUGAAUGAAUUAAUUCAAAAAAAUGUUUAAUCCAACACCUGAAAAGUCAGUUUGGUGUUUUAGGACUGGACUUUCAAAGAGAAGAACCGUACAGCAAUAUUGUCUCCUGGAUUGGUUAUUCUGUAGGAUUCUGGGAAGCUGAUAUUUAACCUUUGCUGGAAGGGAAAGCUCUCCUUCAAACUUUAACAUAAGAUAGAACGUUUUUCUGUAUUUUUAAUUAAACCAGUUGUAAUUUGAAUCCACCAGUAAGAAACUAGUUUAACUGCAGUGAAAAAAAAGGAAUUUGGUUCAUAUUUUAGAUCUUUGCAGUAGCAAGUUUAUUAUAGAAAUCUAAAUCAGGGGUUUCCGUUAUGGAAAAACUAGCUGCAGCUGAUCUGUAUGAAGAUUGCAGGUAAGAAGGUACAGAAGAAAAGAGCCACGUGGUUAAACUGCAUACAAUGCUGUAUGUAGUUCCAGCAUAGGACCUGCAAUAUGAUCUGUGGUAAUUCAAAAAUACCGUUUAAGGACAUGAAGGAUGACACUAAUGAUGCAAAAAUUACAAAGCUUAAAUUAGCAGUUCACUGAAUAGAAAUGCACAUUGUAAAGAUUUGCAAAGUCAGGUCCAAAAUUAUGUACAUUUAUUAACAAAAUGGCAAUGAACAGGACUGAGUGCAGCAGUGCCCUGCUCGGAAUGUGCAAAACUGACAGUUCAGUCACUCGUGCGCCUUUCUGCAGCGAUACUGAAAACCUGUUCCAGAACAGCUCUGGAAAGACUAGGUUUGUCUGCUCGGAUUUAAGGAACGAUGGAAGUAGCCCACAGCAUAGGCAGCAGCUCCGUGCAUCUGGUCCAGUUCAGUUAAUGGUCUUGCUGGAGGGAAAACUGUGAUGGAAAUCCAGACUGAAUCACAUUGCAACCAUAUGUCAGGCUAAGGGUAUUGCACAUACCAGAUUCAGAUAUUAAAAUCAUUAACACGGUGCACAUUAUAUCCCCUGUGGGUCCACAGGCCACAGAUGUGGUCAUUUCACUCAUGUUAAUUCAGCAUACAAAAGAAAAAAAAAAAAAGCACGAUUUGAAGGAGAUGCAUUUUGUGGAUCGAUAUUUAUGUAGAGAUUAGCAUGUCAUCAUUCUGCUGCACACUAGCUCUGUUAAUUGCAUUGAAAUAUCCAUCUCAGGGAUGGAAAUAAGACUCCUGUUGCAGAGCAGUUUCACCAAUGCCAGGUUUUAAUAGGAGCUUGAUUAGUGUGUAGGUAACAAGCUCAGGUGAGUCAUCCUGAACUCAGGAGUUGAUCAAACUGCUGUGGUGGGAGUCUUAUUUCUAUCCCUGCGGCUAAAAACCUCACUGAAUUGGUCCUAAUAAACUGUGGUACUGAAAGCCAGCGUCCCUCCUUCCUAUUGAAUAAAACCUAGUAGGGAAAAGAACUUGCUAAUCCUUUAACAGAUGCUGUAUAUUUCCCUUCAGUUUUGAGAGAUUACAGCAACCAAGGACCGUUUUGAGAAUAAAAUAAUGCUGGUAUAGAAAUGAUUUACAGUAGCAUUUGUUCUUUCCUUGUCUUACUGAACAGUUUUCCAUGUAUUAUUAUUAUUAUUAUUAUUAUUAUUAUUAUUAUUAUUAUUAUUAUUAUUAUUAUUAUUAGAGAACCCAUAGAGAGUUAAUGUGGAAUAAGAACUUGUAUUGGUUACUCCUCUGAAAAAGGAGACUGGUAGAGGAGGAGAAUAAUGCUGCUUCUGGGAAAUGUAGUCUUUAUCACAAGGACCAGCCAUACAUGGGCCAGCUAUUGCCUACAGGCUGAACAGAGUGGGAAUAUCGGGAUGGAGAGUGGAAGACGUCAUGUUUGUUUUGUUAUUUUGGGGGGAGAGAGUGAAUUGGUGCAGAGCUGAGAUUUGAAUCCAGGACAUCUUGUUGACAAGAACGAAGACACUAAAUUGAAAGGUACUGUCGUUCAGACUGUCGACCAAUCACAGUGCAGAGGAGUAGCGAAGGACGAACUGCUUUUUUUUUUCAAGUAGGGGAGAACAAAACAACCACCAACUUGUGAAACGCUAACUUUUUUGUACGUGUAAAAAAAGAAAAGACUGUGGAACACGCAGUUUUAUUGUUUUUUGUAUUUCAGCUGAAAACGACACUACUAAUAGAAAAAGAAAGUACUUCUAUCUUAUUAAUCUGCAGCGCGGCCUUUCCUUGAAGCCGGAAAGUUUAGAAAAAAAUCAUACUGUGUAAGACAAAUCUGGGUCCUGUUGUGUUUGAGAAAGAAAAGCGGAGGCCAUUGAAGGUUCUUAUAAAAAUGUGCACCAUUUAUUUUCAAAAUGGAAUAAAUAACUAAUUAUGCUUAUUGUCUAUAAACAACAUUAAACUAUGAAUGGUGCAUGUUUUACUGUGAAGUACAAGCAAUGAACACUAGCAUAAGAACGUGCUACACUCCCUUCAGCUGACAAAUUGAUAUGUUCAACAUCGUGGCGCAAUUAAAAAAUGACUAAUUAAAAACCAUGUCUAAAUCCUGCAGUGGGAGUGAUUUAAACGUUGUAUUUAUUGCCCUUUUGUGCCCCAUUGCCUUCAGACGGAUGAUAAUGAUAAAAGCAAUAAAUCAAUAAUAAUAAUAAAGUAUUAAAGGGUUAAUUAAGAACGACCAUUCAAGUCUCAUGAGUUUAUUUUUCUUUCAAAACAAAUAGAAAAAAUGAAAAAUAAACCCUGGCAUUUGAACUCCAGUGUAACUGUCCACCAUGCUUGGCUUGAAAGAAUCCCUGUGCAUUGGAAAUGUAGCAUGAUAAAAAUGAUGAUCUGGAAUACAUGCACCGCUCAAUAACCCUCUCUUUGUACCAGGCUGGUGCUACUGUUGACGAUGAAUGGAUUCUCUGUCUGUGUCAGAACGAUUUGUGAAAAAAAGAAAAGAAUAUGCAGAUGUGGUUUGGACCUUUCAACUGAAACCACAUCAUUGGCAACUUGUUGUUUUUUCUUUUUUAAAUGUCUGUAAGCGAUAAACAGCGUGAACCCGACAUGCAGAAAUGGGUCUGGGUAGAGGGUGGGCACGUUGGUGCAGCCAGCCUACAGUACACUGGGAACCUGUUUGAGGUAAAACUACAGGAAACCAAAUCAAGUCAGCCAAAAUGUAGACUAAUGCCUUCAUCAGCGUCAAGAGACGACAGCAUUUGUUAUAGUUUUCCAUUACAAUGUAUGAUUGAGUUUUGGAAGUUAAUGUGGAUGGGGGAAAAAAGCCCUCUCCUGGAUAAUGAACAAGAAGUAUAUUUGUGAGGAAAAUAAUAAUAAUAAAAAAUGUUCUGCCUUAAUCUACUUUUAAGUAGUGAUGUUAAUGUCGAGUAUACCACGUUAUAUGUAGGUUUCGCUGUUCUUCUCCUCUCGAUACUGACUUCCUCUGUUCCUGUAUGAAAUAAUGUCUAUUUUUCAAUAAAAGAAAACUGGGAAUCUGC